AAGUAAAAGCUUACGGAAGGGUCAGAGGAGGCAGCCACUUCCGUUUCCCUACUGAGGAAGCAAACAUGGCGAAGGCCGCUGAUAAAAGUGUAGGCAGCGGGAAGAAAGGCCUGAAACGAAAAGCCAUUAAUGAAGAGCCCCAGGAGGCUGCAGUCGCUGAGGAUGGGACGACCGAAAGUGGGGUCCAACCCCCGAAAGCGACUGCUUUCCCCCCCGGCUUCAGCAUUUCGGAGAUUAAGAACAAACAGCGGCGGCACUUGAUGUUCACGCGGUGGAAACAGCAGCAGCGGAAGGAAAAAUUGGCAGCUAAGAAAAAGCUUAAAAAGGAAAGAGAGGCUCUUGGUGAUAAGGCUCCACCAAAACCUACACCCAAGACCAUUGACAACCAGCGAGUGCCUGAUGAAACCAUAGUAGACCCUAAUGAUGAAGAGGUUGCAUAUGAUGAAGCUACAGAUGAAUUUUCAUCUUACUUCAAUAGACAAACUUCUCCCAAGAUUCUCAUUACAACAUCUGACAGACCUCAUGGGAGAACUGUGCGACUCUGUGAACAGCUCUCUACAGUUAUACCAAAUGCACAUGUUUAUUAUAGAAGAGGACUUGCUCUGAAAAAAAUUAUUCCACAAUGUAUUUCCAGAGAUUUUACAGAUUUAAUGGUUAUUAAUGAAGAUCGUAAAGUACCAAAUGGAUUAAUUUUGAGUCACUUGCCAAAUGGCCCAACUGCACAUUUUAAAAUGAGCAGUGUUCGUCUACGUAAGGAAAUUAAGAGAAGAGGCAAAGACCCCACAGAACAUAUACCUGAAAUAAUUCUAAAUAAUUUUACAACGCGGCUGGGUCAUUCUGUUGGACGUAUGUUUGCAUCGCUCUUUCCCCAUAAUCCUCAGUUUGUUGGAAGGCAGGUUGCCACAUUCCACAAUCAACGAGAUUAUAUCUUCUUCCGGUUUCACAGAUACAUAUUCAAGAGUGAAAAGAAAGUGGGAAUUCAGGAACUUGGACCACGUUUUACCUUAAAAUUAAGAUCUCUUCAGAAAGGAACCUUUGAUUCUAAAUAUGGAGAAUAUGAAUGGGUCCAUAAGCCCCGAGAAAUGGAUACAAGUAGAAGAAAAUUCCAUUUAUAAAAUACUGAGGAGCAGUAUUGGAUUUUGCUGAACACCUAUCUUGAAUUGGUGACAGAAGACCAUUUUCAAAAGAGCAUUUCCUAAUUUUUUAAACCUUCUUUCAUGUCUGGACAAAUUACCAAGAGCCUGCCACAAAUUCCAUUUUUGUUUAUGAUACAGCAAAUACAAAUAAAAGUCAUUUUGGUG